AUGAUGAUGAUGAUGAUGAAUGAUGAUGAUGAUGAUGAUGAUGAUGAUGAUGAUGAUGAUGAUGAUGAUGAUGAUGAUGAUGAUGAUGAUGAUGAUGAUGAUGAUGAUGAUGAUGAUGAUGAUGAUGAUGAUGAUGAUGAUGAUGAUGAUGAUGAUGAUGAUGAUGAUGAUGAUGAUGAUGAUGAUGAUGAUGAUGAUGAUGAAUGA